AUGGUAUAUAGAUUCUCCUAUUCAAAAAAAUCCAAAACAAUAAUUCUUGGCUAUGAAGGUCUAGUUAGUGGUAGUACCCAGAACGGUAUAUUCGAAUAUAUUGUUGAUCUUGGACAUCCUCUUAAAACUUUUAACAUCCAUGACCCUUUUAAUAAUGUGCUUUCACUUUCUGCGGGGUCUUUACUCUAUAAAGAUUCAAAUGACAAUCCUGUAUUCUUUAACUGGCCUGUUUUAAAUAUAGAUUUGGAUAUUGAAAAUGUGACCAUUUUAAAAAAUGACAUUGAUAUUCUCAAUAAAGAAUGCUAUAAUACAAUUUAUUUUAACUCAAGUACCAUACCACAUGACUAUCCAUUAGUAUUUAAUUUAUUGGAUCCAGUUUCACAAGAAGAUUUAGAUGAAGGUAUAAUUGACCCAUUACCAAUUAGAUGGAGUGAACAAUUAAAACUAUUUUAUUGUGAUUUUAUUGUUCCAAAGAAUACUGGACCCAAAACAAUUCCCUAUCAAAUCUCAUCACCCUUUAAUUUGAUAACCAAUGAAGCCUUUACGCCUUUAAGAGUAUCAAAAACUAGGUUCGAUAACGAUGGCCCACUUAUUACAUCACUUUCAAAUACGACAAAUUAUAAUAGUUCUACUAUUGGUUGGAGAAUGGAAAUUAUUGAUUUUGGUAAUGGCUUUAGCAAAGGUUAUAUUAAAGCAGUCGGAUCAUUUGACUCUUCCAUUCUAACUGUCAACUUUACGUCUGCAAAUGUAAGCACCACAUCUGGUCAAGGCACAAUCUAUGAUGGUGAAUAUAACCUUAUACUCGAUAUCGAUGUUAAUAAACCAUGUAAAACCCAACUAUAUACGAUUGAGUAUAUUUACUUAGAAGAUACGAAUAAAAGGUUCUCUGUAUAUUCAAGAUUUGAUAAAUCUUUUAAGCAAGAGAAAGAUCCACUAAGAUAUGUUUCAGACUCGAUUCCAUCUGUAAUAAGUACAAACUCGGUAUGCAAAACCACUAUAAGUGAUGAGUCUCCACCACGUAUGUCAUCUUUUUCCAUAACUUCCCAGGAAUUAGAUGUUGGUUCUUUUUCAUAUAGAUUUGUCAACAUCACCAUUAUUGCUGAAGAUGAUGAAAGUGGCAUAUUGUAUUCACAACGACCAAAAGCCUAUAUAACAGCCUCAGAUAUGCAAACUAUUAUGUAUGAUUCUGAAAUACAAGCUUUUUCUUUGAAUAAGGGAACCUAUUUAUUUCAAAUCGAAAUUCCAGUUGGUUUUGGCUAUCCAGACCCUUUAUUGGUUUCUAUUUAUGGUAUUAUUAACACUGCUGGUUUUUAUACCGGUUAUUCAAAUGAUGACCCAGAUUUUAUUAAAUCCACCAUAAUAUCAACCUCUUUAUCGGGUAACUCGGUACUCUUAGGCUACGAACCAUUAUAUUACUAUUCGAAAUCAAAUAUUAUUAUCUAUGGUAGACUUUUAAGUGAUACAGACUUGGUUGUAAUAGCUUAUUCAAAUGGUACCAAAAGAGGAUAUUCCCCUGUCCCCAUAGGUCAAUCCAUUUUAUCAAUACCAAGAGAUGAUUUUGAAAUUGUUGGCCCCUUUGAUAUUACAGCUUUUUCCAAAUCACAUGCUACCAAUACACUCAGAGUCAAUCCUAUAUACUAUGAAAAAUAUUCAGAUCCAAAGCCAACCUCAACACCAAUUCCAACUAACAAGCCACAAAGGUGCCUAGGCUCACCAUUAUGCGGUGGUGCAGAUCAUGGAACCUGUAUCGAAAAUCAAGGAUGUGUAUGUAACUCACCUUGGAUUGGCAUCGACUGUUUAUCACAAGUUAUUAUUAUUCCACCUCCAAAAGUAAACAAUACUGAUCCAACUAUCGAAAUACCAAUUACUGAUGGCGGCAAUAGUGGGGAAACUAAUACCACAACAAUUUUUUACAAAUCUUUAAUUUCCUUAGUAUCACUUAGGGAAAUUUCAAUAAAUAAUACCCCAGUGGAAGGUAAAACAUUUAGAUUUGAAAAAUGGACAUUUAAAUCAAUUGACUCUUUCACCAACCAAUACCAUACAACAAUUUCAGUUUCAAGCACACAAACUACAAACGUUACAGUAACACUAAAAUGGUAUGAAAAUGAAACCAUAGUAGAGUUUGCGAAUCAAAAUUUAAAAAUGAAUCCUUCAUCAAUUAAAUAUACAAUCGAAAUUCAAAACUUUCCUUUUGAAAGCUCUUUAAAUAGCUUACAACUAAUUAUGCAAGCAUCCUUUUUAUCCAAUAAAAUACAAGAUACAUGUUCAGCAAAAGAAUUUGGUGACACUACUUCAGGUGACAAUUCAAACUAUUUAAAAAUUCAGAUCGAAAAUAAAUCAUUAUAUGGUAGAUUUAUCAAGAGAUGUAUAACCGAUGAUGCUUCAAAUAUCUUUUUAUUAGAAAACCAAUUAUUAGAUUCUGAAAUGAAUGCUGUCGAAAGCCCUAAUCAAAUUCAAACUUAUAUUGGUAUAAAAAUGCCUUGGUUUGAGCAUUACUCAAUUAUCGAUCCAGAUUUCUCGGUGUUAGUAAACAGUGAUUCAGCAUCCUCAUUAUCAAACUCUAAUUGCAGCUCAAAGGAUUCAAAACUAUCAACGAUCAAAAUUGUUGGGAUUGUGAUUGGUUGUGUUGCUUUUGUAUGCAUAGUUUCUGUGGCUAUUAUUUAUUCAAUACAACUAAAGAAAAAAGAAUCUAGAUUCAUUAAAAAAGUUGAUGUAAGAUUAAAAAGUUAUAACAGUGAAAUUUCAAAAACAAACGAAUAA